AUGACUAACGACGAACUGGUGAUAGGAGGCCCUACCGGCUUGCUCACGGGCUUGCUUUUGCAUCGACUUGGCGUUUCUGUCAGCAUUCUAGAUGCCAAACCCCAGAGUUUAGAUCUCGGACGUGCAGAUGCGCUGAACGCUAGAACGCAGCAAUACCUGACGGUUGUUGGUAUUCUUGAUGAGCUGCUACCAUUGGGGUUGAAGUGCAACACGAGUUCGACCUUUGGAGAUGGGGAUUUCAUCUCUCGCCAGAACAAUUGGUGGGUCAGCCUUGAACACACGCUUCACAAGAACUUCUUGAUGAUUGGACAACCGGUUGUCGAGCAGAUCCUGAGCAAUCGUCUGGAUGGACUGGUCCAUUACGGAGAGCAGGUCGAAAUGCUGCUCGAGACUGACGACUUUGUGGAAGUGGUGACAAAGGGUGGCCGUACUGUCCGCGCCAAAUAUGCCCUUGGAGCAGAUGGAGCCAGGUCGACGGUACGAGCAGCCAUAGGAGCGACCUUUACAGGAACAAAGCCGGAGAUGCGGUGGGCGGUGCUGGAUACCUUCAUCAACACGAACUUCCCCAGAUGCCCAGAGAUUAUCACUUUCCAGCUAAACGGCCAGUCCAGAGUGUCAUGGAUCCCGCGAGAGAGAGGUCUUUGUCGAUUUUACGUGCUUCUCGACGGAGAGGUGACACAAGAGCGUGCUGAGGAGUCUAUCAAGAAGCACUUGGCUCCAUAUCGGACCGAGUUUGUCAAAACCGAAUGGUAUAGCACUUUUGAUGUCAAGGAGCGAAUAGCAAGCACUUUCAUCUCCCGGGAUGGCGCGGGCCGCGUGUUCCUGGCUGGGGACGCUGCUCACGUCCACUCCGUCAACGGGGGCCAGGGGCUGAACACUGGCAUCGCCGAUGCUUUCAGUCUUGCCUGGCGUCUGGCCCUUGUCAUCAACAAGGCCUCACGUCUCAACAAGGGAGCAGUGAGAAAUCUCCUUCAAAGCUACGACAUUGAGAGAAGACAGACCGCGCAGGGGGUCAUUGAUGUCGCCGCCGCGUUGGUCCGUGAUACUGUUCACACUGCCAAGCAGUACGUUGGCACAAUCGAAAAGAACGCGGGUUACAUCACAGGAAUGGGCGUUGCCUACGAUGGCAUGGGCUCACCUGCAGUACAAGAGUCAGGGCACGGAGUUUGGAGGGCUGGCAAGCGAUGCCCGGACGUUAUUUUGUCAAAGCCCGAGGUUGAUGGCGACAUAUGGCUCUACUCUCAAGUCACUUAUGGCAAGUUCCUGAUCCUGGCCAUCGGGGAUCAUCCGGAACAGGUGCUUGCUCACGAGGAUGUUGCCGUUCUGUUCAACAUCCUGCCGUCAUCGGCAAACGCCGAGGGCGUGGCUACUUCCAAAGCGAGGACAUUCACCGCAGACUGGGCCGAGCCGAAAGAGGCAUUUGCAGUUCUGGUCAGACCUGAUAUGUACAUUGGAUAUGUGGGAGCCGACAUUGAGAGCUGCCAGCGAUACCUGGAUAGGCUCUUCAUCCGGUGA